UUUCCGUAGUUGAGCGCAUGGUUCGCUUGUUUUGCUACCUUGUGUUUCCCGAUCAAAAGCUCAGGCCGUUCUAAAACGCCUGCUGACUUCGCUAUUCCUUCUUGAUUAACUAGUGAACGUCAUGACAGAGAGAGGGGACACUUGGAAGACGAAUUUAAUGUUUUUAUGCUGCUAAAAGACUUUUAGUUGAUGUUUGCACUGGAACGAGGCGAUUACGAAGACAUUUGGACUGACCCGAGGAGUGGAGGAUAGCGCUUCAAAAUGGCAACCCCUUAUGUUACAGAUGAAUCUGGAAAAUACAUUGCCGCCACUCAGCGACCUGACGGCACAUGGAGAAAACCACGGCGGGUGAAGGACGGCUAUGUCCCCCAGGAAGAGGUCCCAGUGUAAGUAUGAAAACAAAUAUGUGAAGUUUUUUAAGAACAAACCAGGCCUUCCACCAGGCAUGAGCUCACCUGAAGCUGAAACGUCAAAGCAGAAUCCAAAAAUCCCGGGAUGUCCAGACAGUGAAAGCGCCGGUCUCUCCAAAUCGGCCAAACGCAACAUGAAACGUAAAGAAAAACGAAAACAGCAGCAUCAGCAGGAACCGGAGGAGAACCCGGAUGUAGCAUCGCUUGCAGACGCUGUUGAGAACGCGACCAUCUCAGCGGGCGGCGGCGCUUCGCACAAAGCCACGCUUGCUUGCGGAGUGGCGUCCGACGAGUCCAACGCGGCAGAAAAAGCCAAGAAGAUUAAGAACGUGAAAAAGAAGCUGAGGCAGGUGGAGGAGCUGCAGCAGAAAGUAGACUCGGGGGAGAUAAAACAGCCGACGCAGGAUCAGCUGGAGAAGUUAGCCAGGGCGAAGGCUUUACGAGACGAGUUGGAGCAGCUGGAGCAAAACUCGUGAAGCACCGAAUGAACACUUUGGAUUGGACUGGCGUAUAACGUCGUACUGACACAACGGAAACAGAGCAGCUAGAUUCCAGCCUCCAUUUAACGUAUUCUACCUAAACGUCAUGAUGAACAUCAAGCCUCACCAUCACGGGACUCACACACUGAUGUUCAUUUCAAAAUAUCUUUUUUUUUAAAAAAAAAAACAAACAAAUUUUGUUUUCUCUUUUUCCAUUUUGUACCUUUUUCAAAAACAUGUUGUGUGUUUACCAGGAAGUACUUGUUAUUGACGUGUGUGCUUUUAGAACGACGGCAGCCAAAGCAACAUGUGAACCAUGAAUUAAAACUACAUGCUGUAACUAAAA